AUGCCGAAGAAGAAGCCCCAGCACCUCUUCGAGCGGGUCACGCUGCUGGCUUCUGCUUCGCCAGAGCGGCUUGAGCUUCCCGUCGGCACCACGGUGGGGGAAUGUCGCAUGGCGGUGGAGAGCAAGUGGGGCUGGCCCGGCGGGCGGCUCCUCUUCUUCGGUUCGGACGCGGCGCUGCUCUGGGACGACCUCCACCCGCUCGUCGGCGGCAGCGUCAUCGUCGGCCGCUCUCCGUGGCCAGUGACAGUGGUCCUGUGGCUUCCAGAGCCCACGGGCCAUCAAGUCACACCCCUGGCGUGUAGAUCUUCAAGGCACAAAAGUUGGGCAUCCAGAGCCAUGCCUUUUGCCCUCUGCGCCGUGAUGCCGCCCGCGGACCUGGCUGCCACGGGGGCCGCGGCCGCCAACGCCCCGCGCGAGAUCAUCGGCCCUUUGCUCGAGGAGCUUGUUUCGCAGGGCCUCUUCAGCCGGGUCUACCAUGGCACCCUGGCGGAGGACUUCCGAGACCUUGCUGAAGGGGAGGACCUGGUCGUGCUCGUGGGCAGCCCAACCUGCGUGGAGGUCUUGGAGUAUUUGGUGGGCCCACCCAUCACGGACGAGAGCCCUCCGGCGUCUCCGCCGUCCCGGGUGAAGUGGGUCCACUCGCUCUUUACCGGUGUGGACUCGAUCAACCCAUUGCGUCUGCAUGGGAUCCUCGGCAAGCGCGGCAUCCCUUUUUCCAACACGCGCUCAGUCUUCGCGGAGAUGCUGGCCCAGCACGUCCUCCUUAGCAUCCUCUACUUCAACCGACAGGUGCCGCAGCUCCUUGCAAACCGUCGAGAUCGGAAGUGGGACCGCUUCGCCUCGCCAUCGACGACGUCGAUGACGAUGGCCGUAUGCGGUUUUGGCGACAUCGGCCAGUGCUGCGCCAUCCGCGCCAGACACGGCCUUGGUCUCAAGAAGGUCUACGGCGUCCGGAGCGGGGCGAGUCGCCCUAGUUCGGGCGCGGAGUCGUACAUCGAUGAAAAGACCGGGGCGGAGGUGGUCUUUGGGAACUCUGCGAUGGACGAGCGUGUCCUGCCCGAGGCCGACAUCGUCCUGGCGGCGCUGCCCAACACCGCAGAGACGCGGAGCGUCUUCGACGACUCGCGCUUCAGCAAGUUCAAGCCGGGCGCGCUCUUCAUCAACAUCGGCCGCGGCACCACCGUGGACGAGGCCGCGCUGCAGCGGCACCUUGAGAGCGGCCACCUGCGUGGGGCCGCGCUGGACGUCUUCCGCGAGGAGCCGCUGCCUCCGGAGUCGCCUUUCUGGCGGGAGGAUUUGCUGCCGUCCUCGAAGCUUUUUCUGACGCCCCACAAUGCCGACAUUAGCUUGUCGAUGAACGAGGAGUCCGUGGAAUGCUUCUGCAGGGCUGCACGGGGCUUUGUACUGGAGGGGCGGAUGCCCGACUACCUCGUGAAUCUGGCGAGGGGCUAUUGA